AUGAGCCACACACACGAUAUGGAAAUGGACAUGGACAUGGGCUCCGGCACAAGUUCCGCCGCCAACGGGCACGGAAUGAUGUCGGUCUUCCAGAACUCGAUGGCCACAUCCCUCUACUCGGAAGCCUGGACGCCCAAGACCACCGGCACCUAUGCAGCCACAUGCAUCUUCCUCAUCAUCUUCUCCGCCAUCUUCCGCGGUCUUUUGGCUCUUCGCAAUUGGCAAGAGAGCAGAUGGAUCGACGCCGAGAUGAAGCGCCGCUACGUCGUUGUUGCCGGGCGAGAGACGCUGGCUGAAAGGGUCAGCAAUGACACACUGGCGAAGCCCAUGGUGUUGAGUGGCAACGGCGUUGAGGAGAGCGUUAUGGUCGUUCAGAGGCAUGGAGAAGCAGGACGCCCGUUCAGGUUGAGCGUGGAUCCGAUUCGUGCGGUCCUUGAUACGGUUAUUGCUGGUGUUGGAUAUCUUAUCAUGUUGGCAGUCAUGACCAUGAAUGUCGGGUACUUCAUCUCGGUGCUAGGCGGAGUAUUUAUCGGCAGUCUGCUAUGCGGUCGCUACGCGACACACACAGAUCACUAA